AUGGCCCCAGGCAGCUGGCACUGGUGUCUGGCCCUUGUCACCCUGAAAUUUACUGGGAACCGGGACAGCUGCUUCUGGGGAGUUUGGGGACACGUAACAGGCAGAAAGUCCCAGGGCGGGGCUUGGGCCGGACGGCUUUACAGGCUUGUAGCCAAUCAGAGGCCUCCCUGGGGCCAGUGUGGCUGGUGGAUUCAGUUACAGAGCAGAGAUCACCCCAUAUGCGCCAUCCUCCUCCCGCAAGCCUGGUGCCGGCGCCCUGCCUGCCCCUCCAUUCAUUGGUCCAGAGGCCGCUUCUCCCCCAAGUCCAGCUUCACUUCCGCUUCUGGGCAGCUUCGUGGGAUACUCUGCCAGUGGGCUGAAGGGGACAAGUGUCUGGGACUCUGUGCGACCAGGCUGGGGGCCGGGGGAGGCGAGAUGGGACACCCAGGCUGGCUCCUGUGGGCGCUGGUCUCCCUGGGGGCAGCUCUGGCGAAGGGGGAGUUGGUGCCAAAGUUCAACUGGAACAACACCUUCUGUCACCUGCCAGUGCCCAGGACGGUACCCACCGCCCCGCUCCGGUCGCUGAGCUUCUUGAGCCGGGGCCCAAGUGGGCUGACUCUCUUCCAUGCCGUCUGGGAUGAGCAGGGGCACCUGCUGGAGUGUGCCCAUUGGGAGGAAGCUGCCAUCGUCCUGCCCUACCAGGCUGCGUGUGCUCAGGGAAAGGGCAGCGAGAUCUCGCCUGGCAGUUUUUUCCACACCCCAAGUCCUCUGCUGCAGCGAGCCCUGGGAGCCCUCCGGCAGCGGCAGGACGCCUGUGGCGGGCGGGAGGAGGGGAUCUGGGGGCAGGGGAUCAAAGCGCGAGCAGAAGGCGAGGAAGUGUUCCAGGCAGGUGCGGGGCACCGGCGCGUGAAGAGGGGCUGGACCAUGCCUGGGACGCUCUGGUGUGGAGUCGGGGACUCGGCAGAGAAUGCCACACAACUGGGCAUCUUCCGGGGGCCAGAUCUGUGCUGCCGGGAGCACGACCUCUGUGCCCAGAACAUCGCGCCCUUCGAGUAUAACUACGGCAUCCGCAACUAUCGUUUCCACACCAUCUCCCACUGUGACUGUGAUUCCAGGUUCCAGGGUUGUCUCCAGAGUCAACAGGACACCAUUUCAGACUUUGUGGGCACCACCUUCUUCAAUCUGCUGGAAAUUCCCUGCUUUGUGCUGGAGGAGAAGGAAGAGUGCAUCGAGUGGUACUGGUGGGGCGGGUGUAAGAAAUACGGCCCCAUUUCCCGGGCCCGACUUCUGCCACAGAGUCGCUAUAACGUGACUCAGGCUCAGACUAGCCGCAGAGAGAAGGCUUCUCGGAGGAAGCAGCUGCGACAGAGACAUCGAAUGCAGGGCUUAGGGCCCAAGGGGCACGGUUCCCAAUUCCACCCUCCCCUGCCUCUGCCCAGCAGUCUGCAGAAAGCUAACGUCACUGCCCAACCAACAUCUCCAACCCUCCCUGGCCUGGCUCCCAGCGUGCUGACAGUCUCAGGAAAGCAGGCAAGGGUGACUGGGGACAGAGGCCACAGGCCUGAAGGGAAACAAGCAUCCAGAGGCUCAACAGAGGGAGCUACUCAGGGACCACCAGAGAGCCCAGCUCCUGAUGGGCAAAGUCCAAAGCCCACUCUCCUCCCAGCUGAUAAGAAGAUGUACCAAGAUUUUUCAAAGACCUGCCAAUGCUACCAACAACUGGAUCGGUGUCAGCACAAGAUUGAACCCGGCGAGACCAAGUAUCAGCUGUACAAUUCAGAGAGCCACACCCUCUUUCACUGCAAUUGUACAAGACGGCUGGCGAAGGUGCUGAGGAAGAGUCCCAAUGAAGUGGAGGACAAACUUUGGAACCUGUUGGCUCUGACUUGCUUUAAGCUGAGACCCCCUGAAGACUGUGAACCCAGCAAUGGCUGCAGGGGUGAUUCCCAGGCUGUGGUGGUCCCUGCCAGGCACCUGCGGCGUGUAUGGAAACAGCAGGCAGACUGGUCAAGCAGAGUCCCGGGGAAGGCUGUGGAGAAGAGAAAGAAGAAGAGAAAAGAGGAAAGGAGGCGGUGGGUCCGGGGGCACCAGCAAGAGCUCCAAGAGGCCGGGACUCUCUAUGACAAGUGCCGUGAGAUGGCGUCGGCCGAGCAGCGGGCACCCCAGUGAUGGCGGAGGUGCUGGAGGGAGCCUUGGGGCCAUGUGUGCAGAGGAACCUCAUUCCCGAGGCCCACUGGCACCUGAGCAUCACUGUGCCUUCCCAAGGGGCACACCUGGCCCGCUGGGCCUCAUACUGACUGGCAGUGGACCUGCUCCAUCCACUGUUUUCUUGGGCAGCAUCUGCCCCCUACUCAGAACAAACGACCUGCCAUCCCGAGAAUGUGGGGGCAUCACCCCACCAGGCAGCCUGGACUGGCUCCUUUGGCGAUGUUUGUGAUUGGCAGGGCAGAAGACGGGGGUCAUUGUCCAGACUAAUGGUGAGGUGAGGAGUCACUGGCACAACAGAAUGAGCUCUGGAUUGGGGGGCAGGAGACCUGGGUUCACUCCUAGCUCUUCAUGGACUCUGCAUAUGAUCAUGGUCAAGUUCCUUCGGGUGGGCCUCAGUUUACCCAUCUGUAAAGUGAGGGACUUAACAAUGUGGGCUCUUGGGCCUCAGUUUCUCUAUCUGUAAAAUAUGGGGGCUGGACUAGAUGGCUUGGGUGGCCCUUCCCAGGUGUGGAGCCCUUUAUCGUGUAUACUCCAAUGCCAUGAGCCAGCCAAUGCAGGCUUUAGCCUGCCACUCCCAAAGCCACAUCCCUGGCACUGGCCUGUCCAUUCCCCUGCUCAGCAUGCGCUUCAAGGCCCCCCUGGGCCUGCUCUCACCAGCCUGGGCUCCCUGGCAGCUAACUUAUUGGGCCGCCUCUGCCCUAGGGAACAAGGAGGUUACUUAGUGCCUGGGGCAGGGGCAGGUAAAGAAUGGGGCCCAGUCUGUAUUGGCUGUGGGACAAUAUCAGAUCAAAGCUGAGGGCUGGCAAAGGCCUCAGGCCAGGUGGGUGCUGCCAUCGCCCCCAGGGGGUAAGCACCUCCUGGCACCCCUCGGGGGGCAUCAAGGUCCCUGUUAGAGAUACCCCUACUCCUGCCUCCUUGCUUCAGGCCAGAGUCCCACCAGGGGCUGGAGUGAGCGUCUGGGUGGGGGGCAGAUCAUGGGGCAUCAUCUCCUUCCCCAGGGCUCAGCCUCGGAGGAUCUUUUUUGUUUUUUUUUUUUUUAGUGAGGCAAUUGGGGUUAAGUGACUUGCCCAGGGUCACACAGCUAGUAAGUGUUAAAUGUCUGAGGUCGGAUUUGAACUCAGGUACUCCUGACUCCAGGGCCAGUGCUCUAUCCACUGCACCACCUAGCUGCCCCUUCAGAGUAUCUUGUGAGGCCUUGUGUGAGGCUCUGUCCCAGGGCUCAGGAAGGAGAAAUUGGUGACCAAACUGUGGAGAGCUGAAAAGGGUUUGGGGCAUGGGCAAGGCCCCAGGGAUGGGGGUAGGGGGCUGUGUCUGCUCACCCCCACCCAGGACCUGGUGCUCCUGACAUUCCUGGGGGCUAGGGGCUAGCACCCAGGGGGGCCAGUCCUGAGAUAGACCCCCCCACCACAACUACCAUAUAUUCGUGUAUGUGUAAAUAUCUCCAUGUAUAAUAUCUAUCCAUCCCAGCUGUGUGACCUUAGGCAAGUCUUCCACUCUGGGCCUCCAUGACCUCAUCUGUAAAAUGGAGUUGGACCUGAUAAAAUGGAAGUCCCUCUCACCUCUCAUAUUCCUUGUUCUAAGGUUCCUCCUAGCCCUGACAUCCCCUGUUCUAAGGCCCCUCCCAGCCCUGACAUCCCUUAUUCUCAGGCCCCUCCCAGCCCUGACAUCCCCUGUUCUAAAGCCCCUCCCAGCCCUGACAUCCCCUGUUCUAAGGGCCCUCCCAACCUUGACCCCAACUUCCAGGGCGUUCCUGCACCUCCCCCCCCUCUUGCACCACAGUAGACAUUGAGAAAGUGGAGUUGGGCUUAAAUCUCAGGGGGCAGAAGGGCAGCCCCCAGCCUCGGAGGUUGCCAAGGGACCUUCCCUCCUCCCAGACAGAGCUGCCUUAGAGACAGGACUCAGCACCUAUUCUGCUUCUCUCCAACCACCUGGAGGCUCUGGUCCAGUCGAUGUCGGAAGAAGAAACAACCAGCCCUGGGGGUCAGGUUCAGAUCUCAGUCAGAGGCCUUGCCCUUGGGGGCUCUUCCUUCUUUGCCCAGGUCUCUACGCUCCCUCCUGCCUUGAGCAGCAUUCAUCUGGCUUUUGCUUCCAGGUCUCUGGUGACAGGGAGCUCACCACCUCCACACUCCGCCCCUUCCAGUGACAAAGUUCUAAUUGCUAGGAAGUCUGGGUUCGUUUGGAAUGCCUUGUAAUUUCCACUCAUUACUAGUUGUUCUAAGCUCAGGACAAGCAGAAGGGGGUUAAUCUCCCUCUCACA